AUGGCAUACUCCCCAGGGACCCAGUCGCCCGGCGCUGGGCCCGCCUACCAUGGCGGAUUACACUCCAGAGGCCGUUCUACUAGUCCCGCGGGUGGUACUGGAACGCUUUCGAAACGCGACAAACGUCGGUCUGCACUCCAGGAGCGUCUUCACGAUUUGACUGCUACCUUUAGUCAGAAUCGCGACGCCCAGUUUCGCCAGCAGCUUCACUCCCUGCAAUGCGAUAUGACACUCAUUAAUAAUGCGGACCCUUACCAAACCGGUCCACUGCCGGAUUCUUCUGAGGAUGUCGCGCGGCUAAUUGAAGAUACUGUUGGUGGUGGCAAGUUUGCCAAGGAGAUGGCAAGCCUGUCUGGCACAUGGUACGCCAAAUUUGUACAGGAGGUGAACAAUGUCAAAGAGCAGCGUGAUGCAGAUCUGGCUCAAAUUAUGGGCCGACAUCAAAAUAGCCUCGAGCGACACCGCCGCGAGUACGAUUUCCGCCAACAUUUCGCCAAAGAGGAAUUUAACCAAUUGUCGACGACGCUACGCGAACGGUUGAUGCAGAGCAUCUCGAGCAAACGGUCCCGACUUAUGCGUGAGAAGGAACAACUCGAUAUUGCGGAUACCAAUGCACUGCUUCUCCAUCCAAAUCAGUUCAGCAUUACCAACCCAGCCAGUCCUGGUGGCCUUCACAGCAACCGAAAGACUCGUCAUACUCGGCACAGGGUGGAUCUGGACGAACUCGGGAAUGGCAUCGUUUCAGAAUUGAACAAGCGCAAGCGCAAGGCGCCAGAGGAGGAUACUGGCUCACCCGUGCGGGACACAGGUGGCACGACCCCAGCUGAGCGCCAAAAGCAAUAUCUUGCUCAGCAGACUGCGCCUACCUAUUCGAUGCACUCACUUUUCACGGAUAAAGAGCUAAGUGCUCAUGCCAACCACGCGCAUGUUGCUACCGUACAUUUUUUCUCUACUUCCAAGCGCGCCGACCAGGGUUCCGGGGCCGUGACUAACGGCAACAAUACCGACGCGGAUGAUACCCCUGAAGUUACUGGGCAUGAAGACAACGGUACUCCUACGGCCGACAUGAUCCGUACCGCAAGCCAGAAUUUCCAUGUCACACGCUCCACCCGGGGCACGGCAGCACACAGCGCUCUAAGCGCUCUAGCCGAAUUGGCUGACAAGCCCGCAUCGCGCCCUGCUCUGCCCUACCACGUCUUGUCCAACUAUCAUGCUCGACCUAACGGUAACGCACCUCCACUGACCUCGCUUCUUAAUGACGAGGUUGAUGACGAUUGCGCCCGCUUCGAGCGUCUGCAUGGCAAGCCUCCUGGCUGGAUUGAUUCGUCUCUCUGUGAACUGGUUGCUGCGCCGCUGCCCUCUGACCCGCCUGUGCGACCUCAUCCCGGCCCCGAAAUGUUUCAGUCCACCGGAAUGGAGCGUGAGCGCAGCAGUAAGCGUGUCCGGAACCAUUAA